AUGGGGUCGAUCUUAUCGAAGAAGUCAGAGGAGCCACCCAAAGCGCAGACUGGGAAAGCGAAACGCGCUUCUCUUCCCUCUCCUGCUGCUCCUGCUGCUACAGCCAAAGUUCCUGCGAAUGGUGCGCAUGCGACAGGUUUUUCUGCAGCCUUUGAGGAACGUAUUCGCCGAUUUUACGCGCAUUACAGCCCGGAUAAAGUUGAUACGGUGCCGGUAAUUCUUCGCCACUGGACGGGAACCGAGGAGGAACUGAUACAGACGCUGGUGAGGCGCUACGGGCCGGAGCCUAAUGACGCCGCAAAAACGCCUGCCCCUCCGCUCACGGAGAACGCCGCUGAUGAUGCAAAGGUGUGGGAGUCACGUUUUGCGCGCCACCUUUUGGCGUAUCGUCCCGAAAGAUUGCCUCGACUUCGCAGGAUUUUGGAGCGUUCGAAGGGCAGAGAGGAGGCGACGUUGAUGUCUUUCAUCAAGCAGAUGGGACCGGAGCCGCAGGGACCGUUGCCCGAUCCCCUGCAUGACACAACACGCAUCCCCACCAAUGAAGCGCCACGCAAAACGGUACAUGAAGAAGUUGACCCACAGCCUGCGGUGGUCACAAAGGCGGAACAGCCCGUUGAGGUGAUGAAAACACCAUCAACGAUAAAAGACAUGACGGCUGAUAAAGUUGACUCCGUGGGAGAAAAGAAUGUGGUGCCGGUUCACAGCCUCAAACGACGCCUGAGCAGCUUUCUUGGUGUGCGGGUGCCUGAGAAGCUGCCUGCGCUGGAAGAGUACAUUCGUCGAUAUGCCGAGGAGGGGGAAAAGCUGUUUGAUUCAUUGCGGGAGAAUCACGGUGCCGAUCCAACGGAGGAGGAAACGAAGGAAUAUUUUGUGAGGCGUCUUGAGGGACUGUACACGUGUUACAAACCAGAGAGUGUUGCUUCUGCUGCGAGUGAAGUAGCGGCGCACUACGGCACAGAGGAGGAGUACUUGGAGACGCGUUCUAAAGAACUUAAUGCAGAUCCCAAGAUGAUUUUCACGAUGACGAUCGGACCAACAGAAGAGACACGUGCACAACUUUUUGAGUAUGGCGACAAGGGGACGCAGGAACCAACGCAGUGUGACAAAAACAACGAUGAGGAGCCGAAAACAAAUGCUCAUCAAGUGGAGGCUGAGGCGCCGCCGGAUGUUGAAAAUUGCCUGUCCGAGAAGCAGAGCAACGACGUACAAGAUGUCCCGCUCUGCGAUGAGCCCAUUCUUUCCACCACGGAUCCACUUGUUGCUGACGAUGAACCGCCUACCGAUAACACGCCGAAAUUACUUCAGAAAACAACAUCCGACACGGAGGAGGAUUUCAAGCAGAUGACUGAAACGCUUUCUCAUACUGUGGAGGAACAGCAACGGCAGUUGACAGCACUUCAGGCGGAAAUUGAUCGUCUUGGCAGUUUUAUGGAGGAUUUUCAAAUUUUUUCACCGAAAAAAUUCUCCUUUUCUCCAGCGCCUGUGAAGAAGCAACAAGUGGACUGCACCUCCAUGCCUUCUCCUUCCUCCUCACCACAAAUAUCGUACAAAUUUCGACGCAACACUGAAGCCAGCGUUGCGAAUACUAAAAGUUCCUCUUUUGAUUGCCAUGCGUGCCGUCAUGGAUCGGUGGAGGAUUUACUCCCACCGCCGCCACCGCCGCGUUGCCGCCCACCGCGUGAUGCCUCUUCAGCCACUCGGCAGUUGGCAGUGAAGGCGCCGUCGUUGUUUGUGUUGCGAACGCCGUCACCUUCACGGGAGGUGCGGACGCUUGCAGAAAUGCGCCUGGAGUAUGAGAGAGAACGAGAGAACAUUUGUUCUGCCGAGAAGCGAUUGCUUGCCUGUGGCGUCGUUUUGUAG